AUGUCCUUCAACAUCCUCAUCGGCGACCUCAUCCACAACGGGGACAUCAAUGCUACCCGCAACCUGUUCAAUGAAAUGCCAGAGAGGAACCUCGCCACCUGGAACGCCAUGAUUGUCAGGCUGGCUCACUUCGAGCUCGACGAGGAGGGACUCGAGUGCUUCCUGAGGUCGAGGAGGGAGGGCUUGCGUCCUGAUGAGUUUGGAAGAGCACAAAAUGGGGACCCUGAAGGGGCCUUCCACCAUUUCAUACUCAUGAAGAAUGUCGGAUUGUUGCCAGACCAUGUAACCUUUGUUAGCAUCAUCAGUGCAUGCUCUGACUUAGAUGCCUUAGCACAGGGGCAACAAGUGCAUGCACAAGUCAUCCAUGUUGGAGUUGGUUCAGUCUCCCCGGUGAGGAGUCCACUGAUAAGCAUGUAUUCCAAGUGCGGUUGUUUGGAGGAUUCAAGCAUGAUAUUUUCUGAAGCUGAUGCAUCAGACCUUGUGCUCUGGAGCUCCAUGAUUGCAGCCUAUGGUUUUCAUGGACGUGGAGAGGAGGCUAACAAGCUGUUUAAUGAGAUGAUCGGAGAAGCCACAAUUAUCAUGCUAUAG